AUGGCAGAAGAGGAAGGUGAUGUGGAUGAGGGGGAUGUGUUCCUAGCAUUUGCCCAGGGGCCCUCUCUUCCCAGGGGUCCCAUUCAACGCACCUUGGACAAGGUCUUCUUUAUCUUCCUCGCCCUCUUUCUGACCCUGCUCAUGCUGGAGGCUGCUUACAAGCUUCUGUGGCCACUACCAUGGGCAAAGUUUGGGGACUGGCUCUUGAGGACCCCCCCGAAGGAGGAGGAGCUGGAGUUGUGA